AUGCCGGGUUUAAUUUCAGUUAAAACGCCACCGAAAGCUCGGAAGAUGAGGAUCACAGCUCCUAAUGGCAGUCAAACUCGAUUUGGAGCUAAUCCGGGUAGAUCCGAACCCGCUAAACCGAAGAAGAUCAACUCCCUGGCUCCACGGCGUCCUCCGUCUCCUUCGCCGUUAACCUCACGAGCUAAGCCAGAGGCGGUUGCUCUCGAGGAGGAGUCGCUUGAAAAUCCGGAUCUCGGGCCGUUCCUAUUGAAGCUCGCGCGGGACACGAUUGCGUCCGGCGAGGGCGCGAAUAAGGCGCUGGACUACGCUUUCCGUGCUGCGAAGUCGUUCGAGAAGUGCGCGGUCGACGGUGAGCCGAGCUUGGAACUGGCUAUGAGCCUGCACGUCUUGGCGGCGAUUUACUGCAGUUUGGGGAGGUUUGAGGAGGCUACUGUAGUGCUUGAGAGAGCGGUUACGGUGCCGGAUGUGACGAGAGGUGCAGAUCACGCUCUUGCUGCAUUCGCCGGCCACAUGCAGCUCGGCGAUACUCAUUCUAUGCUCGGACAGCUUGAUCGAUCUAUUCACUGUUACAAACAAGGCCUCAAAAUACAGAUGGAUGCUUUAGGAGAUACGGAUCCCAGAGUUGCUGAGACUUGCAGGUACUUGGCUGAAGCACAUGUUGAAGCAAUGCAAUUUGAUGAGGCUGAGAGUUUGUGCAAGAAAACACUUGAAAUCCAUUCUGUGCAUAGUUGUCCGGCAUCUCUUGAAGAAGCAACUGAUCGGCGAUUAAUGGCUCUCAUAUGUGAGGCUAAAGCUGAUUAUGAAUCUGCACUCGAACACCUUGUGCUUGCCAGCAUGGCAAUGAUUGCAAAUGGACUAGAAACCCAAGUUGCUGCCAUUGAUCUAAGCAUUGGGGAUAUCUACUUGUCUCUGUCUCGUUCUGAUGAAGCUUUCUUCUCCUACCACAAAGCCCUCACCGUCUUCAAAUCAUCAAAGGGCGACAACCAUCCUUCAGUUGCCUCUGUUUUCGUAAGACUUGCUAACUUAUACCACACGACAGGAAAACCAAGGGAGUCUCGGUUUUACUGUGAAAAUGCUCUCAGAGUUUAUGCAAAGCCCGUGCCAGGAACAACCGCAGAGGAUAUCGCGAGCGGGAUGACACAAAUUUCAGCCAUUUAUGAACUGUUUAAUGAGCCUAAAGAGGCACUAAAGCUCUUGGAUAAGGCAAUGAGAGUGUUGGAGGGGAAACCGGGGCAGCAGAGUAUGGUUGCUGGGAUAGAGGCAAGGAUGGGUGUCAUGUUUUAUGUGGUGGGAAGGCAUGAAGAAGCAAUGAGGUCUUUCAAGAAUGCCAUUGCAAAGCUUAGAGGCAGUGGAGAGAGGAAAUCGGGCUUGUUUGGAGCAGUGUUGAAUCAAAUGGGGCUGUCAUGUUUACAGUUGUUGAAAAUAGAUGAGGCUGCUCAACUGUUUGAAGAAGCAAGGGAGGUGAUGGAACAGGAACAAGGUACUUGCCAUCAAGAUGCACUUUCUGUAUAUAGCAACCUCACUGCAACCUAUGAUGCAAUUGGAAGGUAAUACAAUGAAAAUUUGCAUAAUGAAAAUUGCAAAUGAGUGGAUGCUGGUCAACAAUAGGAUCAAUGUAUGUGUCAUGGAUCUUCUGUUCUUUUUGUAUGAUGUAAUGCACUGGAUCACAUGAACUGAACAAGUCUGAAAUGACAUAUUAAUCUCAUGUUUUU